AUGUCCAAUCACUUCUUGUAUGCUUGCUCGUUUGAUAGCAGUGAUCUACCAUUUGACUUGCACCAAACCAGUGGAUUUCAUCAUGCCGUGUUGGAUUUUAAUUAUAAAUUAAUGUUUGGUGGUGAUCGAAGAAUUUAUUUUGUGACUGAAAAUGAUGAAAUUAUCACACUGCGACAACCAACGACCACGUCUAGAGGUACACAAUCGAACAGCACCAAAGUUCAUUUAAUUCCAAUGAAUUCUCCUCUAAAAACGAAAACGCUUUUAUUGGAGGCCGAUCACUUGAAUUUUAAAUCCAAGUAUCCACGUUUUCAUCCUACUGGUUAUUACCGAACAUUAUCUGACCUCUAUGUAGUGGAUAUGCUAAAUUGUGACAAGGUAUUAAGAUUAGAACCAGAUAUGAAAAUGUUCACCUUUGAACACUCGAAAAUCAGUACAAUUAUAUCAGGUCCUUUGGGAGCAGCUUUUCUAGUCCAAACCAAGGAUAAAACAUUACAUAAUCUGAAAGAAGGAUCAACAACUGUUCUGAAUUUUAAUAUUUCUUUUGGAUGCUCAUUUGGAGGGUUUUCAUCGUCAACACCAUAUUCAGAAUCUACAUCUCCCACUUUGAAACGUGUGGAUUUAGAAGAAUUGGCUGACGUUAUUGAUGUACAGGCUGGAUACUAUCAUUGCAUAUUUUUGACAUCCAAAGGAAAGGUGUACGUUUGUGGCUAUGACAAUAUGCAACAGUGUUCAUUAGGCAUGAUUUCUCAUUCAGAAUCCUUUUGUCCAUUUACUGAGCUUAAACUGGAUUAUGGAUUUGCAACACAAAUUGGAGGUUUUUCUCGUGGAAAUUAUAUUAUCAAUGAAAAACGCCAAGUAUAUUUCAUAGCAGAAAUGUUUUCUAGUUUCUCUAAAAAAACUCACUCAUUGGAUUUUGUUCAACAAUUUAAUUUGGAUGAUUUGAAUUUGGAAUGUCUUAAUCACGAUUUGAAAGUUAACGGGAAUCUUAAUCAUAUUGUUGCGACAGGUUGGCAAUGUUGUAUUUCCCACAAUCCCAACCUUCAAACAGAAAAGACCCUUAAAUACAUGUUUAAGAAUUUGAAAGUUCUUUCUCAACAACAAGAUAUUGGAACCAACAUUAGCGACAUUUCGAUUCGUGUGAAUAACCACACGUCCUCAGAGUAG